AAAUCUCCACCCUUAGAUAACAUAAAAUAACCGCCAAAGAGGAGAGGAGAGGAGAGGAGAAACGACGAAAAGAAUCCAUGGACCUUAUCAUUUCAAGCCACUCCUGCAACUCACUCUGCAGGAAACCGGCAUUUUACCGGCGAAUUUCAUCUCCAAACACCACGACUCAACACUCCACUUCUCUAAAAUGCCGCGUUGUUAAAACGACAUCGGAGCUUCAAUCUUCAUUAGGAGUGAGCGAUCGAACCGGCAACAGCUACUCUCCCUCGAUUCCAACUCACAAGGUCACUGUUCACGACCGGCAACGAGGCGUUGUUCACGAGUUCCUUGUUCCAGAGGACCAGUAUAUAUUGCACACGGCGGAGUCACAGAACAUCACACUUCCAUUUGCUUGCAGGCACGGUUGUUGCACCAGCUGUGCUGUACGUGUUAAAUCAGGACAACUUAGACAGCCAGAAGCUUUAGGGAUCUCUGCUGAGUUGAAGUCGAAGGGAUAUGCGCUUCUUUGUGUGGGCUUCCCGUCUUCUGAUCUUGAAGUAGAAACACAAGAUGAGGAUGAGGUGUAUUGGCUUCAGUUUGGAAGAUAUUUUGCCCGAGGACCAAUUGAAAGGGAUGACUAUGCGUUGGAGUUGGCCAUGGCUGAUGAAUAGGUUUCUUUCUUGCAGGCUAAGUUAUUUUGGCGAUAGAGAACAUACCCUUGCAGUCCUAGCACACCACACCGCCUGUGACUUCUGAAUUUAGGGUACGUUUUACUAUGAUAGUGAAAGGACGUGUGAUUCUAUAAAGCCCCAAAGUAGUUUGUGUUCUGAAAGUUGAGAAAACAGCUGAAGCUAGAAAAGCAGUUAUAUAAAUAGUUCUAGAUUAAUAAUUUGAGGAACCUACGUGUAUGGGGUGCAAUGAAAAUGAAGAAGCAGCACCUGCAAGAUAGAACUGAUCUUGUUGUCGAUCCAUUUCCUAUAUCAAUUUAUUCUAGCGUCUGUAUUAA